GGCUCGGGAGCGCGCGCGCGCGCGUGCGGGAGGGGGCGGGUGGGGAAGGAUCGCCGGCGAGAUCCCGAGGCGAGGCUCGCGCGCCCGCCCCCGCCCUGGCCCCCAGCGCCCACCCGGUUGGCCCGGCUCAGCCAUGAUCAAGGCGAUCCUCAUCUUCAACAACCACGGGAAGCCGCGGCUCUCCAAGUUCUACCAGCCCUACAGUGAAGAUACACAACAGCAAAUCAUCAGGGAGACAUUCCAUUUGGUAUCUAAGAGAGAUGAAAAUGUUUGUAAUUUCCUAGAAGGAGGAUUGUUAAUUGGAGGAUCUGACAACAAACUGAUUUAUAGACAUUAUGCAACAUUAUACUUUGUCUUCUGUGUGGAUUCUUCAGAAAGUGAACUUGGCAUUUUAGAUCUAAUUCAAGUGUUUGUGGAAACGUUAGACAAGUGUUUUGAAAAUGUCUGUGAACUGGAUUUAAUUUUCCAUGUAGACAAGGUUCACAAUAUUCUUGCAGAAAUGGUGAUGGGGGGGAUGGUGUUGGAGACCAACAUGAAUGAGAUCGUUACACAAAUUGACGCCCAGAAUAAACUGGAGAAGUCUGAGACCUUUAUCUUUCAAUCUCCCAGACAGGACAGGUAGACAAGCAAAUAGUUUACACUGGCCUAUUUUGUAUCAGUCAAGAUUUUUCUCAGGUAACAGCUUUAUUAUUACUCUUAUUUUAAUUAACAAAAGAGGUAGGAUUACAUAUGAGAAAAAGACCUAAAAGUUCAAAAAGGGACUUAAAACUAGUGUUUCUAAUUACACAGACAUUGUCUCAUAUGUGUAAUUGAAGAAAGUGGAAGAUUUGUUUCUGUUACCUAAUUGUCUGCUUUUGUGCAAGAUGAUGUGUGCCACUGAAUUCAGACGUGUUUGUUGGCUUUCUUAUAUCACCUGAAUAAAAAUGGAUGAAAUCUAAAUAUUUUUAAAUCCCAAAAGUAUGAAGACUCUUGUAGCUAUUUGAGAAAGAUGAUACAGUUGCAUUUUUCUUUUAAAUUUUAAGCAUAUUUUCUUUCAAAAUUAUUUCACAGAUUAUAAAUUUCCCUAUUAAGAAUAAAGCCAAAUAUCGUACACUAAUGCUACUAGAAGCUUUAAAAUUCAGUUAUUUAUAGAAAUACUGCCUUUUGUAUUUAUGCUGUUCUGUCUCUAAAUUUGUAUAUUGUAAACUGAACAUAUGUCAUUGAAUCUACUUUAUAUGACAAAGUAUUUUUAAUCAUUAUAUUGUCUCUAAUGCAUCGAAGGGUUGGAAAGAUCCUCUUUGUUGCAGUUUCAUUUUCAGGCAGAACUGUUCUCUUUGGACUGAGGCUUUACUUGAAAAGCCUGAUUUUUUUUCAAUGUUUUAGAACUUUGCUAGAAAAGUUUAGAAGAGCCUCCACAAUUACAAGAAUU